UGUGCCGACCCGAGCGUCUCCGACAAGAGUUUCUACAAGACAUUUGCAAGAACAAACCCUUCAGACAAAGGAGUUGUACGGUCUAUACUAGUUUUACUUCAGUACUACCGUUGGCGAAAAUUCUCUAUCAUAUCUGAGCAAAAUAACCCGUAUAUGAUAGUGGCGAAAAGUCUGGAGCAGCAAGUUUCCAAAUAUCCUAAUUUCACCAUCAACCAUAAAAGCAUCAAGUACUUCGCAAAUAUGCACGUAUGUUGUGAAGACGGAAUGCCUUGCUGUAAUGACAUCUUCUCUCAAGUCGUAGAGGAUACUUACAGAUCCACCAGAGUCUAUAUUUUCUUCGGUAACGAAGCGGAUUUGAUCCAGUUUAUGACUAUGCUUCAGAUACGGAAGCUGCUCGACUCCAAGGAAUACGUCAUCAUAUAUAUAGACCUACACAUUUAUUCGUUGCCUAACGCUUACAGGUAUUUCUGGCGUAUGGAUCGGCGGCAACAUUUAAAUGACAUUGCCAUGAAGGCAGCUCAAUCUCUACUGGUUAUAGUUCCUAGUCCACCCCAUGACAAAGGUUAUCCCGACUUUGAAGACAAAGUUCGAGAAUACAAUGAGAAAGAACCAUUUAAAUUUCCGAAUACUCUACCCUAUGCAAAGCAUAUCACAGAAUUCGCUGCAUAUCUCUAUGACUCGGUGAUUCUGUAUGCUGAAGCACUGGCUGCUGCUCUCCUCGAAAAGCAAGACCCCAGGAAUGGGACUUACAUUAUUCAGAAAAUCGUUUCCAAAGGGAUUUAUCGAAGUAUCACAGGGGCGUGGAUGCAUAUCGACGAGAACGGAGAUGUCGAAGGAAACUACACUGUCCUUUCCCUCCAGAAAUCUCCCCAAAACUUGACAUUAAAAGGUUUCAGUGGCGAGAAGAAUCUGACGCAUAUUAUGUUACCCAUGGGUCGGUUCCAGUACGAUGAGCAAACUCAUGAGCCGAUAUUUACCUUGUUGGAUGCAGAUAAUAACUGGGUUGCUCCUUUAGAUGAACCUCCCUGUGGUUUUGAUGGUAGUGGCUGCAUCGACCCGCCAGGUCUCAUUCGUGAAAUCAUAUCCGGAGUUCUAUUUUUUACACUUUUGGUGUUAUCCGUAAUGUGCUGGAUAAUGUACAAAAAGUGGAAGUAUGAACAAGAAAUAGCUGGUCUCCUAUGGAAAAUUCCAUUGCAGGAUAUACAGCGAUAUGGUUCGAAUGGUUUUGUUUCGUCGCCAAGUAGAACGAGCGUCACUUCGCAAGUGUCCCUUGAGUCCAAGGUGACCGGCCAGACAUUUACGCAGACAGCGUUUUUCAAAGGAACAUUAGUGGCAACUAAAACUCUGAAAUUCAAAAGCAGGAAUAUUGAGAUUCCUAGAGAAACUAAGAAAGAAAUGAAAACGAUGCGAGAACUGCAUCACGAUAACAUCAAUCCCUUCAUCGGUGCCUGUGUUCAGCCCCAUUACAUACUUCUAGUCACUGAAUAUUGUGCCAAAGGAAGCUUAAAGGAUAUUCUUGAAAAUCCUGAUAUUAAACUAGACCACAUGUUUAUUGCUUCGUUGGUGUUUGAUUUAAUAAAGGGUAUGAUAUUUCUACAUGAUUCUGACCUGAAAGUUCACGGUAACUUGAAAUCCUCCAACUGCUUAAUUACAAGUCGGUGGGUGCUACAAGUAACUGAUUACGGCCUUCGAGAACUCUGUACUGCCGCCGAGGCGGAAAUAUUCCUGAAUUAUGAUUAUUAUCAAAAAAUGCUAUGGAAGGCGCCAGAGGUGUUGCGAUGUCCAUCUGCUCAUCCGAAAGGAACACAGAAGGGCGAUGUUUAUUCAUUUGCGAUCAUUCUUCACGAAAUUCUUGUCAGAAAAGGCCCAUUUGGAGCGAGUAAUCUUCCAGCAGAAGAAAUAGUAAGAAGGGUGAAAGAAGGACCAGGUAAGACUUCGGGAAAAUUAUUUCGACCCCUUCUGCAGGAGACGGACAUGCAGGAUUACGUUUUGCAGACCAUGACAGAAUGUUGGACAGAAGUUCCCGAAAGCAGACCUGACUUCAGACAGGUGAAGGAAAAACUCAAACAUAUGAAAGAUGGAAUAACGUCAAACAUUAUGGAUAAUAUGAUGGAUAUGAUGGAGCGGUAUGCUAAUAACUUAGAAGAGCUCGUUGAGGAAAGAACAUCACAGCUAGCUGAAGAGCAGAGUAAAACGGAAGCCCUCUUGCACAGAAUGUUGCCUAAGUCAGUAGCAGAGCAACUUAUGAGGGGAGAAGCCGUCAUUCCAGAAACGUUCGACGCAGUUACCAUUUACUUCAGUGACAUUGUAGGUUUUACGGAAAUGUCAGCCACGAGUACGCCAAUGGAGGUAGUGACGUUCCUGAAUGACCUGUACACUGUCUUCGAUUCCAUUAUCGGUAACUAUGAUGUGUAUAAAGUAGAAACUAUUGGUGACGCUUAUAUGGUCGUCAGUGGACUACCAAUUAGAAACGGCGAGCAGCAUGCCGGAGAAAUUUCAAGCAUGGCUCUGGAUCUACUGGAAGCUGUGAAAACAUUUAAGAUACGUCAUAAACCGAAUCAGACACUGAAAUUGAGGAUAGGAAUACAUUCAGGACCUGUGGUUGCUGGAGUAGUUGGUUUAACUAUGCCCAGGUACUGUCUUUUCGGCGAUACUGUAAAUACUGCUUCGCGAAUGGAAUCCAACGGGGAACCUCUGAAAAUCCACAUCAGCGAUCACUGUCGGAAGAUUCUGGAAAGACUUGGUGGUUAUGAAAUACAAUCAAGAGGUUUAGUAAAAAUGAAGGGCAAAGGGGAAAUGAAGACCUAUUGGCUACUUGGCCACGAUCCAUCAUCCGGUAAGAAGCGGAACGCAGUUCGCGGAAUCAUACUUCCACCGCCGCUUUUCAAUAUACGUGAAUCAGAAAAUAGAAGACGAAGUCCCAAAACGGAAUUUCCUCGUCGGACGGCUCCAGCUCAAAUCUAUCGCUCUGUAGACGACGGCGUACCUUUACCUAACGGCUCUGUUCCUGGGAAAUCGUUAUUUCUUCGAGUAUCCCAAGACAGUCCCCGCAUACCAAAACGUCUAAAUCCAUCCGCUGCUGUUGCAACACGGGACACUUCGCAAUCAGAACCAUGGGAUGGCAAUGAAUGGGGUUUUAAUAUGGCCUUUGAAGGUUCCAACCCGGACAGCUUGGAGAAUCCAGACGAAGGGUUUUAUGGCAAUUAUUCUUCUGGAGGACCCAAAAGACUUUCUAGCAAUUACAAACCUACUAUCAAAGAAGCCGAAGUAGCAUCAUUGGCAGCUGCAGACGAUGCAAACAAACCUCUUAUUUAUGCAAAGAGGAAGCAGGUUGAAAACUUGAGAAAAUUUAAACAAAAAAAUCCUUCGUGGAAGAGGUCGUGGUCUGCAGACGAGCUUGACCUGCCAAAGGUGUCUUUGAAGGAAUGGUUCACAAACGUUUUUUCCCACAAUGCUCAAGUUUCUGACCUCGAAGUCAAAAGGCAACAAUCAACUGUCGGGGCACUUCAGACAGUUAAAGAGAGCGAUAAAGAAGAAAGUGUAGUGUAAUAUCUUUGUACUUUUGCUGACUAAAUAUAUCUGUGAUAUAUUCGUACCAGUGUCAGUUCGUACAUACAGUUUUAUUGGAAGUAGAUGUGUUUUGUUAUCUGCAUUAUGUCGUCUUCGUCAUCACAAAUUAAAAAACAAUGUGCCAUCGAACUGAAA